AAUGUUUUCAUGUUUUUUGUUAAAAGAUGGGAUUUUUAAAAUGAUAGAGCCAUUAGCCAAUAUAUGGCUUUAGCAGGUUUUUCUGACAAAAGUAAUGGGUUGCUCUCAACAGGUUAUUUAAUUUUUAUUUUCAUGAAAAAAAAAAAUUGUGGGAAUAAAUUAAAUGUGGUCUACACAUCAUCUUCUUUUUCCUUAGCUCUCCCUAUAUUCUAUUUGGCAACUCAUCACCCAUUUUCUUUCUUCUCUUGAAUCAUGGCAGUUUGGUACUGCAUAGCUGUAAGUGGGAGAUUAUGUUUGGAGAUUAUAUGAGAUAUUGGCAACCUUUUCCCAUGAUGACCUCUCAAUAGUUAUGUUGGAAUUGAAUUAGGGUUAUGCUUUAAUUAAUGACAUGCCAUCACAGUUGACCUUUAACCUUUUAAAUCCACAAGAGUCUAAUCAGAUAACCAAAUGGGUUAAUGAAGGUUAAUGGAAGGGCAAUUGGCAAUUCACAAAUGAGAAGGUGAAUAUAUUACAGCAAGCAAGUGUCAGAAAAGUUCAUUGGAUUGAAAAGAAGAAGAAAGGAGUAUGAAUGAUUUUGGUUCAGAAAGAUCAAAGGCAUGGAAUAUAUAUACAAGUUCAGAUCCUACGCCGUCGGAGACUGCAGUGAUAGAUAAGGAAGCUCCAUGGAAAAGUUUUGGAACAUCAAUGAAUGCAAUUGCAUUUGGAUUUGUUGCAACAGCUAUAUUAAUAUCAAUGUUCCUCAUAAUGGCCAUUUUUGAACAUCUCUUUAGACCAAAUCCUUCUUUUUCUUCUCCUCAAGAAGUCACUAACAGGUCUCUCGAAUCAGGACUAGUAGACAAACUUGGAAAUCCACAAACGGUGGCAACAUCAUAUGCAUCUGAUUUUUCAGUAGUGAUGCCAGGACAGCAAUAUCCUACUUACAUUGCACAACCAGCUCCUCUACCAUGUCAAAGGGAAGGGAUUUAUUGGCCUGCCCAUCAACAUAACAACAUUGUAUUUCCUUAAAAUUUGCUAUUUAUUAUAUAUUAUUAAUUUAGUUACAUUUGGUGUACCAGGAUGAUUAUUGUUGUUCAUAGUAUAAUAUUAAUAUACAGAAUGGUAUACUUGUUCAAUUGAGUAAUGUUAUCUAAAAAUAAAAAAAUAAAAAGAACUCUGUAUUUCCAAGAAAA